AUGGCAGAAAGUGGAGAAUCAAAAGAAAAUCAGGGCGGAAGGCACCAAGAAGUUGGGCACAAGAGUCUUUUGCAAAGUGAUGCUCUCUACCAGUAUAUUCUUGAAACUAGUGUGUACCCAAGGGAGCCAGAGGCGAUGAAAGAAUUAAGAGAAUUGACAGCUAAUCAUCCAUGGAAUAUAAUGACAACCUCUGCUGAUGAAGGGCAGUUUUUGAAUAUGCUCCUCAAGUUGAUCAAUGCCAAAAACACCAUGGAAAUUGGAGUGUACACAGGAUACUCUCUCCUGGCCACAGCCCUUGCACUUCCAGAGGAUGGAAAGAUAUUGGCAAUGGACAUCAACAGGGAGAACUAUGAAUUAGGUUUGCCUAUAAUACAAAAGGCUGGUGUUGCUCACAAAAUUGACUUCAAAGAAGGCCCUGCCCUGCCUGUUCUUGAUCAAAUGAUUGAAGAUGACAAGUUUCAUGGAACAUUUGAUUUUAUAUUUGUGGAUGCCGACAAGGACAACUACAUCAACUACCAUAAGAGGCUGAUCGAGUUGGUGAAAGUUGGUGGAUUGAUUGGCUACGACAACACCCUGUGGAACGGGUCGGUGGUGGCGCCACCAGAUGCACCGUUGAGGAAGUACGUCAGGUACUACCGGGACUUCGUCUUGGAGCUCAACAAGGCCCUUGCAGCUGAUCCAAGGAUUGAGAUUUGUAUGCUUCCAGUUGGUGAUGGAAUCACUUUGUGCCGCCGUGUCAGCUAA